GAUGUCUCUUGCCUUUUCAUGACAUAUAAAAGCAUUUUAAAGAUGAAACUUGACUAAUACUUUUUUCCUUAUUAUUUUCACUCGAAGCAAAGAAUCUAAAGUUGCAAAAGCUUUAACAAAAAGCUUCUACUUUGCUUCUCCCAUUCCGCUUACACUCAAUGUGCUAACUCAAGCCAAGAACAACCGGAGAGAUUAUUAAAGUCCUCUCAAUUUGGCUUCAAGGCAGAGAUGGAAACUUCUAUAAACUCCACCACCUCAUCGCUCUUCCAAUGGUUAGGUCUUAUAGAAGAUUAUGAUCAGCCUUCUACUUCUACCCUUCCUAGAGUCAUCACCCUUGUCGCUUUAAUUCUUGGGAAGAUGAUCCAAAAGAAUGAAAAGUCACUCCACACAAGACACAACAAGGAGGGAGAGAUCACUAUGUUCCAUGGAUCAAGAACAUCGAUGAACAUUCAUCGCUACACAGAGAGAGUCUAUAGGUACGCUCACUGUAGCCAUGCGUGCUUCGUUGCAGCCUUUGCUUAUAUCCUGAGGUAUCUAGAAAGACCAGUGGAUACAAGCAUGACUUGUCGUCUCACAUCACUCAACGUUCAUCGCCUUCUCAUUACCAGUCUCUUGGUCGCAGCCAAAUUCUUGGACCGCAAGUGUUAUAACAAUGCGUAUUAUGCAAAAAUUGGCGGAGUGAGCACUGAAGAGAUGAAUAGGCUGGAGAAAACGUUCUUGUUCGAUCUUGACUUUAGACUAAAUAUUACAACAGAGAUGUUUGAGAAACAUUGUCUCGUGUUGCAGAGAGAAGCGGUGCCUUAUGAUUCAAGUAAACUUAUAUCAGUUCUUGGAGAGGUGGUAACUUGUAGCUGCCAAGCGAUUUAAUAAAACAAAGUCCAUAAUAUUUGCUUAGAUCUUCUUUUCUUCACCACAUUUUCAAACUAAUUUGUGUAUUUCUCAUGAUUAUAUGAAGAAACAGAUUAAUGAAAAUAAACGAAACAAGAAGUAAACCUCGUUAAGUUUGGAAUCAAAACUUUUGUUUUUUUUUCCUAAUUGAACAAGGCACUUGAAAGAUAUUUUAUUAAUUAGAAAUGGUCCAUUCAGAGCCAAAUUUGGCCUACUAAAUGUCGACCUAAAAUAAGCUUAUAAAUAUUUCUCUCUCACAUGGUGGUGCUUCCCAAGAGAAAGAAGGAGAAUCAUCGGUGUUAGCUGGUUGGAGUCUUGGAGAGAAGGGUUAGUACCUUUUGAGAAGAAGAAGCUUGGGGUUAAAGAGGAGGUUUACGGCAAGUACUCGUAUUUGAUUCAGUCUGCUAUUGAUUAUGAGGUGUGUUUAAGAGCAGAUGUUUUUGUUGGUAAUAGCUUUUCUACUUUCUCUAGUCUCAUUGUUCUUGAGAGGACGCAGAAGGCGAGGAGGUUAGGGUUUGUGAGUACUUGUGAAGAUGGUGGAAACGUGUGGAGAUCUUAUGCAUAUAAUCUGGCUGGAGAAUCAGAGGGGCUUCCAAGGAGACGGAUGACGAAUAUGACUCAUUCGAGCUUGCAAGCUAUUAGCUAGGGCUCAAAUUCUGUUUCUUGUUCAAAUGAGUGAAGUUGAGACAUUUUAGAAUUAGUUUUUUGGUCUUUUUUAUACAAUUUGUUUAUUUGUGGGGU